AUGGAGCGCCUGGAGCCUAGGCCCGAAGCCGUGUUGGUGACGCCUCCACCAGCCUAUUCGGAAGCCGACGUGCAGCAGGAGGUGGUUAACCGGUGCUUGCCGGAUGCAGUUCGCCGAGUUGCGGAGGCGUCAGCACGUGCCAUCAAUGAGCCGUUGGAGAAGCAGGCGAAGCGGAGCCGUACCACUUUGCCAGCUGAGCUAGUGGCGCAUACAUCGUUGGUGGAAGCCUUCGAUCUUCUCGGAGGAUCGAAGCUCAGCAGAAGAAAGUACUUCGCAGAAGAUGGCAUUCAUCUGAACGAGAGAGGCACGAAGCUCCUGGCAGUGGCCGUCUUUGCAGAGCUGCGGUCCAAGGUUGGAAAAUAUCUGCGUAAACGGGCCGAUGAAGCUGCGCGGGCAGUGCCUGACAAUCCGUUGGGCCUCUGA